UCUGGUAAGUGGGAGGAAGAGAGGCAUCUAUGGGAGAGGGAACCCGGGUGGGGAGAGGAAAAACAUUACCAGAGAAGGACCAGGAGAGGAGUGCAAGAACUGAGACUGGUCACAAAUGUCGGGCUUAUUGAAGACAUCUAUUGGCUGUGCCUUGGGCUGGGGAACAAAGCGAUAGUGGGCGCAGAGUGGGAAUGACCCAGCGCUGGCCCACCAAGAUGGUGUAAUUUACACGGUGAAAACAGCCUUUGUCCAACUUCUCUGAUGCCAGGAGACAGCUCUUUACAGCUUUGGUGGGAAGGCCUCCUCUUGAGUAAUACUGGGAAGUGAAGGGGGUGUUGCUGGAGUCCUACAAAAGUAUUACUGUGUGAAGGCCUAUGCUUUGAUACUGAAACACUUCAAGCAACCUCCGAACAUUUCAAGGGAGUAGUGAGUGUCUAUUAGAGAUGGUGGAAACUACAGAGAAUCUUCAUGGAUUCUAAUGCUGGCAUCAAUGCAAGAAGAGUGUUCGGAAUGGGUUGGCUCUGGAUGAUCUGCUUCUUUCAUCUAGUCACCUCUCUAGAAGAAAUACUUCUGGAUACAACUGGAGAAACCUCAGAGAUUGGCUGGACCACUCACCCUUCUGAUGGGUGGGAUGAAGUAAGUGUUCUGGAUGACAAGAAGCGCCUGAUCCGAACCUUUGAAGUCUGUAAUGUGGCUGAACCAGGUCAGAAUAACUGGUUGCGUACUCAUUUCAUAGAACGACGUGGAGCCCACCGAGUCCAUGUCCGCCUCCGUUUUUCAGUGAGAGACUGUGCCAGCAUGCGCACUGUGGCCUCUUCUUGCAAGGAGACUUUCACACUCUACUACCACCAGUCAGAUGCUGACAUAGCCUCUCAGGAACUGCCAGAAUGGCGUGAAGGCCCCUGGACCAAGGUGGAUACUAUUGCAGCUGAUGAAAGCUUUUCCCAGGUGGACAGCACUGGGAAGGUAGUAAAGAUGAAUAUUAAAGUACGCAGCUUUGGGCCACUCACUAAGCAUGGCUUCUACCUGGCCUUCCAGGACUCAGGAGCUUGCAUGUCCCUGGUGGCAGUCCAGGUCUUUUUCUACAAGUGCCCAACUGUAGUGAAAGGAUUUGCCUCUUUCCCUGAAACUUUUGCUGGAGGGGAAAGAACCUCACUGGUGGAGUCACCAGGGAAAUGUGUAGCAAAUGCUGAAGAGACAAGCACAACUGGGUCUUUAGGUGUUCGGUUGCACUGCAAUGGAGAAGGGGAGUGGAUGGUGGCCAUUGGACGAUGCACCUGCAAGGCUGGCUACCAACCUGUUGAUGAUGAACGAGCCUGCCAAGCCUGUCCCCUUGGUUCCUUUAAAGUGUCUGUGGGAGACGACCCUUGCCAUCUCUGCCCUGCCCACAGCCAUGCUCCGCUGCCAGGUUCCAGUGAAUGUGUGUGUCAGAACCACUUCUACCGAUCUGCUUCUGACAAUUCUGAUGCUCCCUGCACUGGUGUUCCCUCUGCUCCCCAUGACCUUAGCUAUGAAAUUGUUGGCUCCAAUGUUCUCCUGACCUGGCGCCUUCCCAAGGAUCUGGGUGGCCGCAAGGAUGUUUUCUUCAAUGUCAUCUGCAAAGUAUGCCCAACAGGUUCUCCAGGACCCUGUGUGCGCUGUGGAGACAGUGUACAAUUUGAACCACGCCAAAUGGGCCUGACAGAAAGUCGUGUGCAGGUCUCCAACCUGCUGGCCCAUGUACAGUACACCUUUGAGAUCCAGGCUGUCAACUUGGUGACUGAGUUGAGUUCAGAAGCACCCCAUUAUGCCACCAUCAAUGUUAGCACCAACCAGUCAGUCCCCUCUGCAGUCCCUAUGAUGCAUCAGGUGAGUCGUACUACCAGUAGCAUCACACUGUCUUGGCCUCAGCCAGACCAGCCCAAUGGAGUUAUCCUGGAUUAUCAGCUACGCUAUUUUGACAAGGCAGAAGAUGAGGAUAAUUCAUUCACCUUGACUAGCGAAACUAACAUGGCCACCAUAUUAAAUCUGAGCCCAGGCAAGAUCUAUGCCUUCCAAGUACGAGCUAGAACAGCAGUGGGCUAUGGUCCAUACAGCGGAAAGAUGUAUUUUCAAACUCUAAUGGGAGGGGAGCGCUCGGAGAUGGUGCAGGACCGACUGCCACUUAUUGUGGGCUCAGCGCUUGGUGGUCUAGCCUUCUUGGUAAUUGCUGCCAUUGCCAUCCUUGCCAUCAUCUUCAAGAGUAAAAGGCGGGAGACUCCAUAUACAGACCGCCUGCAGCAGUACAUCAGUACACGAGGACUUGGAGUAAAAUACUACAUUGAUCCUUCAACCUACGAGGAUCCCAAUGAAGCUAUUCGAGAGUUUGCCAGGGAGAUUGAUGUGUCCUUCAUCAAGAUUGAGGAGGUCAUUGGAUCAGGAGAGUUUGGAGAGGUGUGCUUUGGGCGCCUAAAACACCCAGGGAAACGUGAAUGCACAGUAGCUAUUAAAACAUUGAAGUCAGGUUAUACAGAUGAACAGCGGCAAGAGUUCCUGAGUGAGGCCAGCAUCAUGGGGCAAUUUGAGCAUCCCAACGUCAUCCGUCUGGAGGGUGUGGUCACCAAGAGCCGACCAGUCAUGAUUGUUACAGAGUUCAUGGAUAAUGGAUCACUGGAUUCCUUCCUCAGGCAAAAGGAGGGACAGUUCAGCGUGUUACAGCUGGUGGGAAUGCUACGAGGGAUUGCAGCUGGCAUGCGCUACCUUUCAGACAUGAACUAUGUGCAUCGUGACCUGGCAGCACGUAACAUCUUAGUCAACAGUAACCUCGUGUGCAAGGUUUCAGACUUUGGUUUGUCCCGCUUUUUGGAGGAUGAUGCUUCAAAUCCUACCUAUACUGGAGCUCUGGGCUGCAAAAUCCCCAUCCGUUGGACUGCCCCUGAAGCUGUCCAGUAUCGCAAGUUCACCUCCUCCAGUGAUGUCUGGAGCUAUGGCAUUGUCAUGUGGGAAGUGAUGUCCUAUGGUGAGAGACCUUACUGGGACAUGUCCAAUCAGGAUGUAAUUAAUGCUAUUGACCAGGACUAUCGCCUGCCACCACCUCCGGACUGCCCAACUGUUUUGCACCUGCUGAUGCUUGACUGCUGGCAGAAGGAGCGGGUCCAGAGACCCAAAUUUGAACAAAUAGUUAGUGCCCUAGAUAAAAUGAUCCGCAAGCCAUCUGCUCUCAAAGCCACUGGCACUGGGAGCAGCAGACCGUCUCAGCCUCUCCUGAGCAACUCCCCUCCAGAUUUCCUUUCACUCAGCAAUGCCCAUGAGUGGUUGGAUGCCAUCAAGAUGGGUCGUUACAAGGAAAAUUUUGACCAGGCUGGUCUGAUUACAUUCGAUGUCAUAUCACGCAUGACUCUGGAAGAUAUCCAACAUAUUGGAAUCACCUUGGUUGGUCACCAGAAAAAGAUACUAAACAGCAUUCAGCUCAUGCGAGUCCAUUUGAAUCAGCUUGAACGAGUUGAAGGAGCUGUGAAAUCACUGUAUGUCCACCUCUACAGCCUGUCGUUUUGUAGUCUGUUCAGAGAGGAAUUACUCCCCCUGGUGUUCUGCUUCCUGAAACAUGGAAGAAGGCUUAGCAGCCCUCAAACUGCCUUGUCCCUUAUCUCCCUUUUCUGCGUGAUGAAAACAAAACUCUCUUCCUGAAAUAUUCGCAGUUGAAACAUGCAGAUUCAUGACGACAUAUCAAGAUUUCUUUCUAGUUUCUGCCAUAACCUUUGUUCCUUGAACAAUGUGGUCUUUUGGUCAACUGAUAUAAGAGCAGGUCCCAAAUACGAGUACAAUGGAGUGGCAUCUUGACAUUUAUGUCUCAAGUAGUUAAUUGAGUUUGGACUGUUAUGUAUGUCUCAUACACAAAUAAGUGUGCUUACCUAACAAGGAUAAAGCUGUUUGCUUCCAAAAACUUGGAUUUUUUCUAGGUUGCAGUGGCACUAGAAAUUAUACAUGUUGCUGGCUAAAACUAGGUUUUUAGUUACAACCAAGCAACUCUUUCUCACUGUGUUAUGGAAACUGUUAUAGAAAUCUAUUAUUGGCCAUACAUUUGGAACUCUGUAAGUGAACAGAACAUUAAAAAUAAGAAAAGCAGUUUUAUUCAGAGAAAUCAGAUAGUUUGACAGAUAUGAAUGAAAAGGCACUACAUAAAAUAAGCUAUUUUAAAAUAGAUCUGCUAGUACCUAUUAAAAAAGGACAAUAUUUGUAAUAUAUCCUAAUAUCUCUACUAUAAGCUAAGUUGUAAAACUGUUACUGUUAUAACCUGCCAUCUCUGCAGAUUCAUGACAAGAAAGAACAAUAAUAAUGAUGAUGAUAAUAAACAAAUGUUUUUUUCCCAGCGAAGAAAGCUAUAGUAGAAAUAACAGUAGUCGAACAGCUGAGAACCAAUUUUUUUGACUUAUUAAAUAUUUUUGCAAACUGAAAUAUCUGCCAAUCAAACCUAUCAAUUAGCAAAAUAAAUGCCAGUUUAGGGACAUAGAAUCAUGUGAACAGCUGUUUAACUGCAUGCACACAGAACUUAGUGGGAAUGGAAUAUUUAUUGUUAGAUUGAUAGACUGAUUGAUUUUUUUCAAAUUUAGGAUGCUUUUUAGAUCUCUCUGGGAAAUAGUACUAGUUUAUUAAGAUAAGGCUGAGGAUAUUAGGUUGAGUAUCUUCCUACAAAUAUGUAUCUUAAAAUCAAUGAAAAGUUUAUGAGAUACCUCUUAUCCGGACACAGUCAGAGUACAGCACAAUUUGCAAGCUGAACUGAAAGUUCAGCUUUCAGUACCACAGACUUAGGUGUGGUCCCUUUUCUUAUGCCUAUGAGAUGAUGGCUUCCCUUCAGAAAGUAUGCAGAUAUGCUUUUGCUAUGCCUUUUGUAUGACAGUAAUAAUAUCCACCCUUAAUCUUUGUUUGAUAAGGUCUAACAAUGUGAGAUUUCCAUACCACCUGGUUAUCAUCUUUACACUUAUGUGGGACACAGAUUAUUUAAAGGAGUAUAAUUCAGGAGAAUUGAAUGGAAAAGAACUGAAUGAUAUUCAAAAUUAAGCAUGAAGAGGCGCUUUCUAAAAAGGAAGGUUUAUGGAGCUGUGACUAUGCUAAGACAUUUACUUAGGACCCCUUUAAGCUGGGUUCCUAGCUUCAUCAUGACCUGUAGAUAAAAAUAAGCUACUCAGGGCAUGGGAGUGGGAACAAGAUUUUUAAAGUUCUGAUUCAACGUUUUUCCUGGUUCUUGUUCAGCCUCAGAUUUCAGAACUCCACACCAGAUCCCAAUAAUCCAAUCCUGCAUUAUGUUGUUUCUUUCACUCGGUCUCGCUUUUUAGAACAGAGUAGUCCUUCCUGAUAGGUGUACACAUGUGAAUUUACUGUGAUUAGUUGUCUAAUCUAACAGAAUUUAUCUGAGGUAUACAUCUGUUCUCUAGACAAUAGCUCUGACCACAGAUUCCAGAAUGAGGACAGAAGCAUCAUGGAAGUUUCCUCUCCAGCAUUACAGCAGUGACAACAAACUAGUAAAUAAAUAAAUAAAUAAAUAGAGUAAAU